CUCUCCCUCUCGCUCCCUCUCUCUCUCCCUCUCUCUCUCUCUUUUGUGAGUUAUAGCAACCGUUGCCUUGUGAAUCAAGCGCCAUAGUCACCGUAGUCCUGGCGACUGUUACCCAUCAACAACAACUACUCCUCUCCUCCUCCUCCUCCUCUUCCUCCUCCUCCUCCUCCCCACCACCACCAUCUCCAUCACCCACCAACAACACCACAAUAAUCCACAGCCAAGCCAUUCUAACAGGUAUGAGGUGAUAUCUCGUGGGUUUGAUUUGCAGUUCCAUGAUGAUUAGUGAUGCUGAAAAUCUUUUCAUGUACCUGUUGGGCAUCUGUAUAUCUUCUUUGGAAAAAGGCCACUUGGUCAUUCUGGCAUUUUAUGGUAGAGAAUACAUUGAGUUUGGCUCAUGGAAAGAAUAUGAGCAUCUUCACCAGGAGUAGAUUCCAUCUCAAGAAACCACUUUCUUUGCUCCUCCAUAAGAAGCAACUCCUCAUCUGUUCAAGUUUUAUCAUGAGAUUGCAUCAAUUCAGCCACAUCUUCAGGCAUCACUUCUAGUUCUUGCUGUUUCCACCACAUCUGCAUUUAAUUCCUCCACUGAAAUCUUGAACACUUCAAAGUCAUCCAUGAGGGUUGGAAUCAACUUUUUCUAAAUUCUGAGACCAUCAUGCAGACAUCAGAGACCGGAUCGGACACAGGUUCGACAGUGACUUUACAGACAUCUGUGGCUAGUCAAGCAGCAGUGCCUACACAGGUGGUACAGCAGGUACCAGUACAACAACAGGUGCAGCAGGUACAGACUGUGCAGCAGGUACAGCAUGUCUAUCCAGCUCAGGUGCAGUACGUGGAAGGAAGCGACACUGUCUAUACCAAUGGAGCAAUCCGAACAACAACUUAUCCUUACACAGAAACGCAGAUGUACAGCCAAAACACUGGAGGGAAUUACUUUGAUACUCAAGGGAGUUCUGCACAGGUGACUACCGUGGUCUCAUCCCACAGUAUGGUGGGCACUGGUGGGAUUCAGAUGGGCGUCACGGGAGGACAACUCAUCAGCAGUUCUGGAGGAACCUAUCUGAUCGGCAAUUCAAUGGAGAAUUCUGGUCACUCAGUGACACAUACCACUCGGGCUUCCCCAGCGACAAUUGAAAUGGCGAUUGAGACGCUGCAAAAGUCUGACGGUCUGUCCACUCACAGAAGCUCUCUUCUCAACAGCCAUCUCCAGUGGCUGUUGGACAAUUACGAGACAGCAGAAGGAGUGAGCCUUCCCAGAAGCACUCUAUACAACCACUACCUACGACACUGUCAGGAACACAAACUGGACCCAGUCAAUGCUGCUUCUUUUGGAAAACUAAUAAGGUCAAUUUUUAUGGGGCUACGAACCAGGAGAUUGGGAACUAGAGGAAACUCCAAGUACCAUUACUAUGGGAUUCGUGUCAAGCCAGAUUCCCCUCUUAAUCGUCUGCAAGAAGACAUGCAGUAUAUGGCUAUGAGACAACAACCCAUGCAACAGAAACAAAGGUACAAGCCCAUGCAGAAAGUGGAUGGGGUUGCAGAUGGUUUCACAGGAAGUGGUCAGCAGACAGGCACAUCUGUUGAGCAAACUGUAAUUGCCCAAAGUCAACAUCAUCAACAGUUUUUAGAUGCAUCUCGAGCACUUCCAGAGUUUGGAGAAGUUGAAAUCUCUUCUCUGCCAGAUGGUACUACCUUUGAGGAUAUCAAGUCACUGCAGAGUCUUUAUCGAGAGCACUGUGAGGCAAUAUUGGACGUUGUUGUGAAUCUUCAAUUUAGCCUGAUAGAAAAAUUGUGGCAAACAUUCUGGCGCUAUUCUCCCUCUACUCCAGCUGACGGCACUACCAUUACCGAAUCAAGCAAUCUGAGUGAAAUAGAAAGUCGACUUCCGAAAGCAAAGCUGAUAACUCUGUGCAAACAUGAGUCUAUCCUGAAAUGGAUGUGUAACUGUGACCAUGGGAUGUACCAGGCUUUGGUGGAGAUUCUCAUCCCCGACGUCCUUAGACCUAUUCCUAGUGCCUUGACCCAAGCCAUUCGAAAUUUUGCAAAAAGCCUUGAAGGUUGGCUUUCCAAUGCCAUGAACAAUAUUCCACAGAGAAUGAUACAAACCAAGGUUGCAGCUGUAAGUGCCUUUGCCCAGACUCUGCGAAGAUACACGUCGCUCAAUCACCUGGCCCAGGCAGCUCGUGCAGUGCUUCAAAACACUUCUCAGAUCAACCAGAUGCUGAAUGACCUCAACCGUGUCGACUUUGCCAAUGUCCAGGAGCAGGCUUCCUGGGUGUGCCAGUGUGAUGACAGCAUGGUUCAGAGACUAGAAACAGACUUCAAGAUGACUCUUCAGCAGCAGAGCACCCUGGAGCAGUGGGCUGCGUGGCUUGACAAUGUGAUGAUGCAAGCACUGAAACCCUAUGAAGGAAGACCCAGUUUUCCUAAAGCUGCCAGGCAAUUUCUGCUAAAAUGGUCUUUCUACAGCUCGAUGGUUAUUCGGGACUUAACCCUGCGCAGUGCUGCUAGCUUUGGCUCCUUCCACCUGAUCCGUCUACUCUACGACGAGUAUAUGUUCUACUUAGUAGAACAUCGUGUUGCUCAGGCAACAGGAGAGACACCCAUAGCGGUCAUGGGUGAGUUUGGUGAUUUAAAUGCUGUGUCUCCUGGAAAUCUGGAUAAAGAUGAAGGCAGUGAAGUGGAAAGUGAAAUGGAUGAGGAAUUAGAUGACUCUUCAGAACCUCAAGCCAAAAGAGAGAAAACCGAGCUGAACCAGGCAUUUUCAGUGGGCUGUAUGCAACCUGUUCUCGAGAGCAGCGUGCAGCCAACCCUCCUGAACCCAAUUCACAGCGAACACAUCGUCACAAGUACUCAGACUAUCAGACAGUGCAGCGCUACAGGAAAUACCUACACUGCAGUCUAAAGAAUAUUAAAGCGUAUUUUUCCAGCUAACAUUAACCCUGUUGAUAUUGGGCUUAAGUUGAAAUUUUAAUAAGCCUGAAGGUCGACUGUUGUCAAAUUCUAUCUGUGCUGAACAUUAUCUUUUUGGAGUUGUGAAAUGGAAUGGGUGUAUGUAUUUUGCCAGGUCUGUUUUUUUUUUUUUAAUGGAAAUGAAUUAUUUGCCUCUUAAUAAUGAGUUUUUUUUUUCCCCUUAGUUUUGGGUGUCAAGAAGGAUUUUUACAACACUUAAUGUUUUUGUUUUCUUAUAAUUAAAAAGUAAUUUACAUUUUUUGUAGCUUAAAAUAUUUUAUUGUUGAUUGUUAGUCUUGGUGUAUGAUUUCAUGUGUAAGUUUUUAAUUAGAUGCACUUCUGUGAAAUAUCAAAAGAAAUGAUUUUCUUUGAUUUACACUGGAGGCAUGCCCAUUUGGCAGCAGACGCAUCAGAAUUGCUUUUGAAAGGUGCUUUUCAUUGGACAGAACCACAAGACACUAUUUUGAUAACAUUUUGGAAUAUGGAGAGAGAAUGCAGAGCGUUUUUAUUAUCAUGCUAGAGGGUUGGGAAGGUCAUCUAUUUUUCUCUGAAGAAAAACUGAGCUGUGCAUUUAGCAGUUCAGAGUAAAUGACAGAAUUGCAAGAGAUUAUGCUAAUAUGUACAUAAUUUGUGUACAUAAUUAUUAAACCAUGUUAAUGCAAGCUUCCGUUAAACAUUGAAUUUUAACUGUUAUUUGCAUACCAAUUCCUCUGUUUAAAGACUACUGAUUCUGUAUUUGGGACCACUGCACAGAUGCAUUCUGCUGUUGAGUGGGGCUAUUAUAGUUAGA